AUGGGCUGCCGCAUCUCGUCGGUGGUCCCGGUUUCCAAGUGGACUGAGGAAAAAGUCCCCUCACCCACGCUAAAAGUCGCUCCACAAUACAUCAUCGAGGCGCCGAGACCAAAGACCACCCCCGCUGCCAUCCAUAUCAGCACAUCGAAACCAAAACCCCCUGAGAAUACCGUACACCAGCCAGUUAAAGAAGAGCCUCCCCCACCCCCAGAAGCCAACCCAUACGAUCGUCAAAGGACAGGGUCUGUGGCAACGAUUAUCAUGGAGAACAGACCGCCCAACAAAGUGUAUUACAGUACGACAUUUGGCAGUCAUGUCUACAAACAUCGAAGCUCUGGAAGGCCAUUUACCAUUGAUACAACGAGGGCCAGGUCGAAUAGGGCGGUUGUGGCUAUGUGUGCCGAGAGGAUUGGCAUUGAAGAGGUAUCCGAGACCCAUGACGACAAGCGCCCAUGUGAUAUCUAUUGGCAUAGCGUUGUGUAUCCAGAUAUGAAUCGAGUUGUCUCACAUCCAUAUUCUAGAGUUAAUAAGUUUCCUGGGAUGACAGAAUUGGCGCGAAAGAUCUCAUUGACCCACUCAAUACACUCGAUGCAACGUCUUUUCCCUCAAGAAUAUGAAUUCUAUCCAAAGUCCUGGUUUCUGCCAGCGCAUUUGAAGGAAUUUGAGGCAUUCGGGUCAAAACAAGCGAAUCAGCAGAGAUGGUAUAUCGUCAAACCGGAUGAGGGAGCUCAGGGCACGGGUAUAUACCUCGUAAACCACCCAUCACAGCUGAAAGACCCCCUUCAACGCCAACUCGUACAGGAAUAUGUGGCCGAUCCUCUUCUAAUGAAUGAUGGAUUGAAAUUUGACUUCCGGGUAUACGGUGUCAUCAGGAGUAUCAAUCCAUUAUCAAUCUAUGUCGCUCGAGAAGGAAUGGCCCGGUUUUGUACAGAAAAGUACAGUCGACCAAAUGCUUCAAAUUUCGAAAAUCUGUAUGCCCAUUUGACGAAUUAUUCGCUCAACAAGGCAAAUGAUCGAUAUGUACACUCCACUUCACUACAUGACCAGAUUAAAGGCUCAAAACGCCUUCUCUCCACCGUUUUUCACCAGCUGGAAAGCCGAGGUCUGAGAACCAAAAAAUUAUGGCAUGAUAUAAAAAUGAUACUUGUAAAGACAGUCCUAGCCAUGCUCCCGGAAAUCCUGCUCCACUAUGAGCAUCACUUUAUCGAUAAGCCCGGGCCACAGUGUUUUCAGAUAAUCGGAUUUGACGUGAUGAUCCGUGAGAAUGGGGAACCAAUUUUGUUAGAAGUCAAUGCAGCUCCAUCACUAACUAUUGACCAUCAGCUGAUAAGCUCUGCUGACGAGCCGUUAUAUGAAGAAACCCCUCUAAAAGUGAGAAGUAUCGUCGAUGAGGUCAUCAAAGUACCUCUAAUUCGAGACACACUGCUUUUGGUCUUGAAUCUAAUGGAUCAAGAAUAUUCCUCAGCUAGAGAAAGUGCAAUCCAUUCGACAACCAGCUCCCAACUCCCAGAUCAUACACAAGAUGACCUCGACACCUGGAGGGCUAAGAAAAAGCCGCAUUUAUCGGAAAUUUUCCCGAAUCGAUAUGGAGCCCAUUCCUUCCACCUCCUAUUCCUCGACAAAGCCGUCUACCUCUUCAUGCAAUUUGUCCAUCUACGAGCAUCAAUCAAUAUCUCACUUGGAGGCCUCAAACAGUUUGUAAAAAAAUGCAACCUGACCCCCGUAAUCUCCUCCCGAGAGAUAGAUCUGAAGGCAGCUGAGAUUAAUUUCUAUUUGACUGGCGAUCAAUCGAAGCUUGGACAAGGCCUUCCAUUCCACGGGUUUCUCAAAUUCCUCUUUUACGUUUCGGAGAAGAAAUUUCCAAAGGAACCGACAUUAUUGGCCAAGAUGCAGAAGUUGAAUCAAUUUUGUGAUGCUUCAUUGAGGCACUACGGUGUUCGGAGCGCGCGAUUAAGAAGAGCAGAGGUACCGACAACCGAUGACGACGGGCCGGUAGAGCUGUAUAUGCUACCACUUCGGAUGAGAGGGAAGCGAAGAUCUCGUUCUUCAGCCAGUACACUUCCGCCAAAACCGAGGAGUGAUCGGAAUAAUAACAGCAAUAAUAACAAUAAUGGGUUACCACGGAUAGAACUU